UUUUUUCCCCGAAAAUUACGAGCUGACAGAGACGAGACGCUUCCUUCUAUUGCAACCAAACUAACAAACAACAAUACCUACUUUCGUUUACGAUCAGUAGUGAGAAGUUAUAGAACAGUCAUGGUUUUUAAAUGUUUUUAGUAUAAUUCAAGUAGUGCACAGUGAGACGUUGUUACAAAGGAAGUGAAUAUCUAUGCCGAUAAAAAUGAUGCAAAAUGGAGCACUCCAUCGUUGAGCCCCAGUAACCCCCAGGGAAUCCUCAAUGAUGAAAUACCGAUAAUAAUAUAUCUUACAUGUAUUAUAAUUUUUAUAAAAUGAUUUUAAUACAAAUACAAAAGAGAUUUUUAAAUUUGAAUGUAUGAAAAACAUUAGUAAAGUAAGAUUGAACAUUAUUACGCUGCGGACAAUAUUAGAGCUAGCGCUAAAAGUGACUACAGCUAGCUAAAUUUAAAUACGGUUGCCAAAAUAAGGUACGGCUAGAUAAUAUUAAGGUACGGCUGGGUCUUAUCAUAUAAGAAACAAUUUCAAAUGCUAAAAACGUUCAAUAAAAACGAAAUUAUGUUAGGUACGGCUAGCCAAAAUAAGGUACGGCUGGAAAAUAUUAAGGUACGGCUGGGUCCUAUCAUAUAAGAAACAACUUCAAAUGCUACUAAUGUUCAAUAAAAACAAAAUUAAGUUAGGUACGGCUAACCAAAAUAAGGUACGACUGGACAAUAUUAAGGUACGGCUGGGACCUAUCAUAUAAGAAACAACUUCAAAUGCUAAAAACGUUCAAUAAAAACGAUUUUGAAUUGUUUGGCAAUUGGGUUAAGAGUCACACUGACUGACUUUAAACAGAACUGGCCUGUAUCUAUCCCAGGUACCUCUAAAUCACUCUUUACGACCUUUGAUUUUAUCGACAUCUUUCUUUUACAGUUGUUAGCGUUUCGAUAUAUUGCAUCAAGAUCGGAUAGAUCUGUUACAGAUUUGGUUCUAGAAAUGGAAACGUUAGAGAAUGUAAGCAAUCAAUCUGACACUGAUAGUGAUAUUUAUUAAAAUAUAAUUAUAUAUUAUCGUGUUCGUAUUUUGUUUCUUAGGUAAUAUUUUUUAUAUUUUCAGCUAUACAAUUUAUUUUACUUUAAAUAGAUGUGCAGCCGUACUUUAAUUUUGAUCAAUGGUAGCCGUACCUAACCUAAUUUCGUUUUUAUGGAACAUUUGUAGCAUUUGAAGAUCUUUCUUAUACGAUAGGACCCAGCCGUAGAUAGAUAGAUAGAUCUAUUUUCAGCUAUACAAUUUAUUUUACUUUAAAUAGAUGUGCAGCCGUACUUUAAUUUUCAUCAAUGGUAGCCGUACCUAACCUAAUUUCGUUUUUAUGGAACAUUUGUAGCAUUUGAAGAUGUUUCUUAUACGAUAGGACCCAGCCGUACCUUAAUAUUUUCCAGCCGUACCUUAUUUUAGCUAGCCGUACCUAACUUAAUUUCGUUUUUAUUGUACAUAUUUUAGCAUUUGAAGAUGUUUCUUAUACGAUAGGACCCAGCCGUACCUUAAUAUUUUCCAGCCGUACCUUAUUUUAGCUAGCCGUACCUAACUUAAUUUCGUUUUAUUGUACAUAUUUUAGCAUUUGAAGAUGUUUCUUAUACGAUAGGACCUAGCCGUACCUUAAUAUUUUCCAGCCGUACCUUAUUUUAGCUAGCCGUACCUAACCUAAUUUCGUUUUUAUGGAACAAUUUUAGCAUUUGAAGAUGUUUCUUAUACGAUAGGACCUAGCCGUACCUUAAUAUGGUCCAGCUGUACCUUAUUUUAGCUAGCCGUACCUAACCUAAUUUCGUUUUUAUGGAACAUUUGUAGCAUUUGAAGAUGUUUCUUAUACGAUAGGACCCAGCCGUACCUUAAUAUUUUCCAGCCGUACUUUAUUUUAGCUAGCUGUACCUAACCUAAUUUCGUUUUUAUGGAACAAUUUUAGCAUUUGAAGAUGUUUCUUAUACGAUAGGACCUAGCCGUACCUUAAUAUGGUCCAGCCGUACCUUAUUUUAGCUAGCCGUACUUAACUUAAUUUCGUUUUUAUUGUACAUAUUUUUGUUAUAUAUCCGCCAUUUAUGUUUACAUUUUGUUCUAUGCUAUUGGUUAUACUUUAAAACCAUGUGUUUGUGUUUUCCGCGUAUAUCUUUAUGAGAUUUGUACAUGUGAUCUUAUUAUAAAGAUGGCGGUCUAAGAAGUGUUAUAUACAUUUUCUGUCUGUCUGUUUUUCCCCAUCUUUCUGGAGUUAUAAUAAGUGGCGACGAGGAUAUAUUACCGAAAUGGCUACCUACGGAAAAAUUGGAGAGUUUGAUCCGGCAACGGAACUCUGGAACAAUUACAUCGAGAGAGUGAAUCAGUUCUACAUAGCAAAUGACAUUGCAGAUGCCACCAAGAAGAGAGCAAUCCUGCUGAGCUCAUGUGGAGCCAAAGCCUACCAGCUGUUGAGAGGUUUGUCAAAUAACGAUCCUGCUUCCAAAUCUUAUGACCAGCUAGUACAAUUAAUGAAAGAUCAUUUAUAUCCCACUCCCAAUUCGAUAGCUGAGAGAUUCAGAUUCAACACUCGUGAUAGGCAACCUUCUGAAACAAUUUCCCAGUACUUGGCAGUUUUGCGUCGACUCAGUGAACAUUGUGAGUAUGGAGAAACACUGGACGACAUGUUAAGAGAUAGACUUGUUUGUGGUAUUAAGGAGGAAAAAAUACAACAAAAGCUCCUGAGUGAGAAAGACCUCACUUUAGCCAAAGCCCUACGAAUUGCAUGUUCUAUGGAAUCAGCAGCAAGCUACUCCAAAAGCAUUCUCCAACAUCAAGCGACAGGCAACAUUUCAGAGAGUGUCCACGCUUUGGAGAGAGCCCGAGACAACCCAGGGAGGGAUUGCUAUCGAUGUGGAGGGACAAAACAUACAGCAGAGGCAUGUCCAUUCAAGGAUGCUGAAUGUUAUUAUUGCCACAAAAAAGGACACACCGUUAAAAAAUGUCGUCAAAAGAAACGAAAUGAUGAGAAAUCCAGACCACCCCGGAAACCAAUAAACCAACUGGAGUCCGAACAUGAAGGAAAUGUUUACAACGAAACUGUUGAACAGUCCGAUAUGUUUAACCUGUAUAAAUUAGAAGGGAGCAGAGUUGAACCGCUUUUUGUAAAUGUCAGUAUUAAAGGAAAAACCAUCAAGAUGGAGGUCGAUACCGGUGCAUCGAUGUCGGUGAUAAGUGAAAAAACAUUACGGAAAUGCAUUCCAGAGUUGACCAUCCAGCCUAGUAACUUAAAGUUAAAAACUUUUACAGGGGAAAUCAUAACACCCUUGGGAUCAGCUGCUGUAAACGUUGAACACCAAAAACAGAAAUACACACUGUCAUUGACUAUCGUACCCGGGGAAUCUCCUUCAUUGUUAGGUCGAGAUUGGCUAAAAGUAAUCAAGUUAGAUUGGCCCAGUUUGUUCCAGGUCAAGCAUUCUAGCAAUACCAAUCUACAGCAAAUAUUAGUACAGCAUGCCGCCGUGUUUACGGAAAGUAUGGGAUUGCUAAAGGACUUUAGAGUCCAUAUUCAUGUGGACUCCUCUGUCGCACCAAAGUUUUGCAAAGCACGACCAGUCCCGUAUGCCUUAAAAGACAGGAUCGACACUGAACUUGAUAGACUUGUACAAGAUGGCAUAUAUGAACCAGUUGAAUAUUCAAGAUGGGCAGCCCCUAUCGUACCGGUAAAGAAAGAGGACGGUACUAUCAGAAUAUGCGGCGAUUACAAACAGACAAUAAACCAGGCUGCACCUUGUGACUCUUAUCCAAUUCCGCGAACUGAAGAUCUUUUCGCCUCAAUGUCAGGGGGUGAAAAGUUCACAAAGCUGGAUUUGAGUCAUGCAUACCAGCAAUUGGAGUUGGACGAGGAAACAAGAGAAUACCUCACAAUCAACACACACCGUGGCUUGUACCGCCCCACAAGACUUCAGUAUGGAGUACAUUCCGCCACCGGCAUUUUUCAGAGGGAAAUGGAUAGGCGACUUCGCCAUAUACCACGUACCAAAGUGCGAGUAGACGAUAUUUUAAUAUCUGGUAAGGAUGAUGAGGAACAUUUGAGAAAUUUAUCGUCAGUCCUGCAAGUGAUUGAAAGCUCUGGAUUGCGACUGAAGGAAGUCAAAUGCGUAUUUCUAGCAGAAGAGGUGACUUAUCUGGGUUACAACAUUACCAAGGAAGGAAUAUCGCCUUCACCAGAGAAGGUCAAAGCUAUAAGGAAUGCAGCCCCUCCAGAGAAUGUUACACAGUUAAAGGCUUAUCUCGGAAUGCUCAACUAUUAUAAUCGUUAUCUACCAAACCUUUCUGCAAUGAUUGAACCACUGCAUCGUCUGCUGAGGAAGGGGACAACCUUUCACUGGAAAACCGAACAAGAAAAAGCGUUUACCGAAUCGAAAGCUCUACUAUAUAAAGCACCGUUGCUGACGCAUUUUGACCCCCAACGUUCGAUCCUUGUGUCCUGUGACGCCUCUCCUUAUGGGAUAGGUGCUGUUCUCGCCCAUGUAAUGGAUGAUGGUUCCGAGAAGCCCGUAUGUUAUAUUUCACGGACUCUUUCUCCAGCAGAGAGGAAUUAUGCCCACAUUGAGAAAGAGGGUUUAGCCAUAGUAUUCGCAGUCAAAAAGCUUCAUCAAUAUCUUUAUGGACAGUCUUUCAGAAUUAUAACUGAUCACAAACCUCUUUUGGGACUAUUCGGACAAAACAAACCAAUUCCACCGCUUGCAGCUGCUCGUGUUCAGAGAUGGGCCCUCCUGCUGUCUGCUUAUAGCUACGUCUUGGAGUACAAACCAGGUGUCAAUCACGCCAACGCUGACUGUCUAAGCCGCCUUCCACUUCAAGCAGACAGUUCUGAUUACUCGAACAAUGAAAGUGCAAUUCACAUGAUGGACCUAGUGCAAGCACCACUAACCUCCGCUGAUGUUAAGCUACAUACAAGUCGUGACCCAGUCCUGAGCAAAGUGUUGGACUUGAUAUCCAACGGUUGGAAAGUAAACCGAGAAAUAGAAUUACAACCGUACUUUUCAAGGAAGGAUCAACUCAGCAUCGACAACCAAUGCUUGCUGUGGGGUUCUCGUGUCAUUAUACCAAGCUCGUUACGACCACAACUGCUUGGACAACUUCACCAGUCUCACCCAGGGAUCACUCGCAUGAAAAGUUUGUCGAGAAGUUUUGUGUGGUGGCCAAAGAUGGAUUCUGAGAUUAAGUUAACCGUCAAAAAUUGCAAAACCUGUGAAAUCCACUAA